AUGGGUGGGCGACAGAUACGCCCCGCCGGCGUCUACAACGCGACCGCCCUCCAACUCCAGAACGCUUUCCUCCCGGGCCACCGAGCCGUCGAGCCGCCGUGGUUCCGAGUUAUGAACUCGAUUCCUCCCGCCGAGCCCCUUGUGCGAACCGUCACCCCCCGGCAUCGCGCGCCCGACCGCCGGGCGACGAAGCCGAGGAACCUCUAUCGGCCACAGAAUCUCAGCUACCUAGAGGAUGCGCUGCGGGCAACCUUUUUCAAGGACCACCCGUGGGAGUUGGCGCGCCCUCGAGUCAUCCUGGAGCUUGACGGCAAGGACUACCGGCACUGUGACUGGAGCAAGGGGCUGCGGCAGCCGGGGAUGCCUCUGUCGGGCGAGUGCGUGGUGCAGCGCCAGCUAUGGCUGAUGCAAAACGAAAAGCUGAGCAAGCGCAAAGCCUACGACUUGGUCCGCUGGGACUUUUACCGGCUGCGCCAGGCUGAGGAGAUUGAAAGCAGGAUCGCCUUGGAGGAGGCGCGCUACGUGGGCGCCUACUUUGGCAAGACGAAGCUGGAAGUCGGCAUGAUGCUCGAGGACAAGGAGUAUGAAAACUGGAAGAUCUGGGCCGGCAAGCAAACCGAGAAGCUCGAGGCCCGUGCCAACGCGGACAUCGAGACCUUUGAAGUGGAGGAUAUUGAGGAUGAGUUUGAGGAGGCCGACCGUGGCCCGGCACCCUCGGAGGCAGAGCUGCAGCAGCCAGGCGUGAGUGGGCCAGAUUUGCGUUGA